CGCUUGUGGGGCGGUAGCUUGCUCAGCGUAGGGUACCUCUCCCCGGCUCCCUUCCCCCAGCCCCGUCGCCCCGCCCCUGCGGGCUGGGCGGCCGGGGUAGGGGCCGAGCGGAGCGGGUUAUCAUUUAGUAUGGAAGAAGAUGAGUUCUUUGGAGAAAAAACGUUCCAGCAUUAUUGUGCAGAAUUCAUCAAACAUUCACAGCAGAUAGGUGAUGGUUGGGAAUGGAGAACAUCAAAGGACUGUUCUGAUGGCUACAUGUGCAAAACGCAUUUUCAAGUUAAAAUUGGGAUGGGACAUCCAGGAACAUCUGCCCAUGUACAGGAGUGUCUUCCCAUGGAGGAGGCUUUAGAGUUACCCCUGGAUGACUUUGAAGUGACUGAGACCACAGCAGCAACCGAAGUGAUUAAAUACGAGUAUCAUGUCUUACAUUCCUGUAGCUACCAAGUGCCUGUGCUUUACUUCAGGGCAAGCUUUUUAGAUGGAAGACCUUUAGCUCUGACGGACAUAUGGGAAGGCGUCCAUGAGUGCUAUAAGAAGCGGCUGCAGCAGGGGCCAUGGGACACCAUCACCCAACAGGAGCAUCCAAUCCUCGGGCAACCCUUUUUCGUACUUCAUCCCUGCAAGACAAGUGAAUUCAUGACUCCUGUGUUAAAGAAUUCUCGGAAAAUCAAUAGGAAUGUCAACUACAUCACAUCUUGGCUGAGCAUUGUAGGGCCAGUUGUUGGGCUGAAUCUGCCUCUGAGUUAUGCCAGCGCAGCCUCUCGAGAUGAAUGAAAUGUCGAAUGACAGAUUCUUCUAUUGAACCAAAGAGCUUAGAAAUUGCAGCAUGAAGAAUGCUGAGCGUUGACAUGGCCCACCCUGGUUUUAAUAGGACUCCAUACUGUGAGUUUUCAGGUCACCAAGAUUUUGACAUGGAUUUUUUUUCCCCCUUGGAAGCAAAUGUCUGCAGCAACUGAUAUCCCAUAUAUUUGAAGAAAUACCUCAAAGACACAAAUCAAUAUAAACAGCAAAAAGUUAAUGUAACAUGAUAAUAGAAAUACUGACCUCAUGGGGCAUUUCCAGGUCAUUUUUUCAUGUCUCUGAGCCAUGUCUUCUUCAUCUUUAAUAUGAGAGUAACAAGCUACCUCAACAGAGUUGCUAUGAGAACUCCGUGAGAUCAUUAAUACCUGAGAAAAUAUUGUAAACUAUUAUAUACAGAUGUUCACUCAAUGCUCACCUUUCUUAUAUUUGACUUUCAUUCACCCAGUCUGUCAAUAAGUUUACUAGCCAGUAAAGUAUUAAGAUGAACGUAAUCUGGAAGAAUUUUUGGUUUGGGGUUACUUGUUUUGUUUUUCAUUUUAACUUGCUAGGGGCUGAAAUUAAGAGAAAAAAUGUAAUUGGCUCUUUAGAGCAUCUAUAUUAAUGUCUGUCAGUGAUGGAUGCACUUUGGAAUCCCCUGAGGAUCUUUUACAAGUACAAUUGCUGGGUACCACCUUGCGAAACAGCCUCUCUGGGGUCAUCCUGAUGCAUUGGGUCCUGGAGAACCUCUGGUCCAGAUGUGCCUUUAGUGUGGCAUUUAUUUGUAUUGUUUUCAUCUCCCAACAGGCCCUGUCCAAUUCUAUGUAUAACUGCGGCAAGUUGGACUGACUCCUAACAUUUGUCCCGGCAUUGCCCCUGAGACCACCUGAUACUAAGGAAGUCCAGGAGGCGUUUGUUCUCAGGUGGCCCCCUGGGUAAAUGGUUAGGGUGAAGAGAUUACCUUCUGGGGAAUCCAAGGGGACUGUGACAGCACUUCCAGUCUGCAGCAUAAGGGCAGGACUCUUAUAGAGGGAGCGGAAGUAGAGAAAGUGUUAGUUCAAAAUGUUAGAAAAGCUAAAAGUACAUUUUAAAACGCUGAGCUGCACAUAUUCAUACUGAGAUGAAAGCUGCUUACAUGCUUGCUGGGCAUUUUGGUAUUUACCACUUAACAUCUUUUCAACUUCUGUAAGGGAUUCCUCCCCCACCCCCCACCCCCCACCCGCCACUCUCCCUAAUGUAAACACAGAUUUCUCAGCAAGUCAUUUCUCAAGCCAUGUCAUUUCUGGGGUUAAAAAAAUUAUAAUAAUGUUUAACCUGGAUUAUGUACUUGUCUGGAAAUACUAGUUAUCUUUUGCUGACAGAUUUUGAGAUGAUUAUUAUGUCAGUUUGGGGCCAGUGUGUUGUUUUGCUUAAAGUUUAAAAUAAUUUUUUUUUCCUUUUCUGAUUGACGAAGACCUGAAAAUUCAUCAGUGGCAGAAAAAAGUUCUGAAAUGCUCCUAGAUGUUGUGGGGACCUCCCUCCCCAGAUAGAUCCCUCUCCUCAGGCAGCUCUGUUUCUUUUCAGAAUGUUUUUCACUUAAAAAACUUAUACUUUUUGGUUGAUAAAAAUUUUCAGUUUUAAAAAUGCAGUUAUAUAACAGGCUAUUAUCUGAACAGUUAUAAAACAGAAAAAAAAAUUGUUGUGUCAAACUAACACUUCUUUCUCUGGAAUAUGAGAAUUUUUCCUCUGGGUUUCUUCUCCAGCUAACAUAACAAAAAGCCCCUUCACUCAGAAAUAAGGCUGGUUAAAGCGGUUACCAGCCAAUGUCCUAAACUCUGCUUUUUGUGUGACCUUGGAAAAAUUUCUUCAACUUGUUUGGUCCUCAGUUUUUCUUGUUUGCAAAAUGAGGAAGUUUAGCUGUGUGACUUUGUGAGGGAGGCCCACUCCAAUUCUUGGGUCUGAGAAAUAGUGAGAAGUCUAGAGAUCUAAACUUUGAGUCCAGUUAAUUGCUAGCUGUGUGACUUGGGCUAAUUUUCUUAAUCUUCUUUAGUCUUUUACCAUUUCUAUU